UUGUCGUUUUUCACCGAUUUCCGAUAGCUGCGGAUAUUAAAUCGGAAUCCCUUAUUACCUAUCCCCUCACCGGAGACCUAUCUCCGUUUUGAAAAAUGCUCAAUUUAAAAGGAUUUAGAAAAUGCUGAAACAAGUUUUUCAGGGGUUUCAUUCGUCAUGUUCCUAAAUAAAAGUGAUCGAUAAUAUUUUUCUUUUGAAAGAACACAGAAAGUGUUGCGAAUCAAUUAUGAUAACAAUGAUUACUAAUUUACAUGCUCUUGAAUAGUGUGUGCAAUUGAGAGCAUAAAAUGACCUAACAUGUCGGGUGGCAACUCGUCCAAGGGCAAGUCCCACGCCCGUCACUCGGGAUGGGAGGAGGCGGGAGGGGAGUUCUACCAAGAGUUGUACCCUGGAGCCGAGCAAGAGCUGUUUGAUAACCUUCAGAGAGCCGAUGCGAACAAGCUAGCGACGCUACUGCCAUCUAAACAAGCGAGAACAACGACGGUGAAACGAGUACGAUCUCAAAAUGAACGACGACAAUCUACCUACGCACGCACAACGCAGAGUCGAGACAUACAUCUGUCCAUGCUGCCGGACCUAUCAGAGAACCUGUCAAACGAGGAGCGAACAUGGGAGGAAAUCAUGCAGAUCAAGGCUAUGCCAGUGCCCAUGAGCCAGAAAAGGGACCUCAAGGCCAGAUUACAGAAUGCCACAAAACUUCGCCUCGUGGGCUUCGAGCAGCUCCAAUGGCGUCAACGAAAAGUCUGGCACCGCUUCCGCAUACGAUUCACAGAAAUAAUGGGAAAACUGGAGCUAUGGCAGUCUCCCAUGAGGGAAAUAGAAGGCAGCUUCGGCACCGGUGUAGUAUCCUACUUCCUCUUCCUGCGCUGGCUGUUAUUCCUAAACCUAGUAAUAUCAUUAGUAGUAAUCACCUUCCUAAUAUUACCAAAGACUUUACUAGUCGAAGACCCUCAAGAAUGUAAUGAGAACUUCCCUAAUUCUACUGAAUGUUGUUCUGAAGCGUAUUUGCAAAGGAAUUUAACUGAUAGUAAUAUUUUCCUUGACAUAAUACAAGGAACUGGGUGGAUGGAGAGAACAUUUUUGUUCUAUGGUGUGUAUAGCAACCAAAUAUAUACGUAUUUCUUAGAGGGUCUGCUUAAUUCACAAAUGUAUUAUAAUAUGAAAUUGGCGUAUAUAUUAGUACCUAUAUCUUGGGCAUUACUGUCUUUGAUAGCUAUAGUGAAAACCGGAGCAAAAGGUUUCAAAGAGAGGCUAGUUGAAAGCGAAGGACAAUUCUAUAUGUAUUGUAACUUGGUUUUUGGUGGAUGGGACUUUUGUAUACAUAAUGACAAGUCAGCUAAAAUAAAACACAAGGCGAUAUACAACGAGGUAAAAGGUUGUUUAGAACAGGAGAGAUUCAAAGAGGAAAAACAACUUAGGAGCAGGGAAACUCAAAUACUGUUGCAUUUAAAACGUAUUUUCAUCAACUUGAUCGUGUUUGCCAUAUUAAUAGCCUCGGGCAUACUUAUUUAUCUAACAUUUAACUAUACUAUAGAUAAACUCGGAGAGAGUCUAAGUAACGACCCGAAUUUGCCAUCAAAUUUCGACGCUGCGAACGCAACGCAAGCGCAACAUUUUUCGACAUUAAAGUUAUUCAGAGAAGGAGCGAUUUCCUUCAGUCAACUGCAGACGACUUUACUAGAGUUCCUUCCAUACAUUUGCAUCGUCGCUCUAAACAUUAUUGUACCAGAACUAUUCAGUUAUUUAAUCAAAUUUGAAGAUUAUACUCCGGCAAGUGUCAUUAUAGUGACUUUACUCAGAACUGUGUUGCUCAGGCUGUCUUCCUUAGGCGUUCUUUUAAGCCAAAUAUAUCACAGAAUCACAGGACCAAAUGGAGUCGCAUGUGCUUAUAACAACGAUAACUUCGCUUUAGACUGCUGGGAGACUUACGUCGGACAACAAUUAUACAAAUUGAUAAUCACAGACUUCGCAUUACAAUUCUUUACAACUUUCUUUAUAAAUCUACCCAGAGCGUUCAUAGCGCGGCAUACAGUGAGUAGAUGCUUCAAAAUCAUUGGCGAACAAGACUUUUACCUACCCAAACAUGUCUUAGACAUAGUUUACACUCAAACUAUAAUAUGGAUGGGUGCAUUCUUCUGUCCAUUCCUACCUAUAAUGGGGACUGUUUUUUAUUUUAUAAUAUUUUACGUGAAAAAAUUCACUUGUUUAGUGAAUUGCACGCCGUCGCCAGUUGUUUAUAAAGCAUCUAAAUCUAAAAGUCUCUUCAUGUCCGUAUUACUUCUAGGUUUCGUUGUGUCUAUCGUUCCGGUAGCUUACUCUAUCGCCGAGAUAUAUCCUUCAGUCAACUGUGGGCCUUAUAGAGGUUGGGCCACAGUUUGGUCAUUUGCUGUGAGCACUUUUGACAAACUCCCGCCUGCUAUAGGAGAAUUUGUCUUCUUUAUUGGAACAUCAACUUUUGCGAUUCCUGCGUUCGCUGUAAUGCUAUUCGCUUUAUAUUACUAUUGGGCGGUAGCAGCGGCGAACAGGCAUAUGGUGGUAGUUUUAAAGAACCAGCUAGUGUUAGAAGGGCAUGAUAAGCAGUUUCUACUGAACAGGCUGAGUGCGUUUAUAAGGCAGCAUCAGAAACGGUGUGAGAGGCGGAAUAGAGCUAGUUUUGCGGACGAUGACUCGUCUAUUAGACAAAGUUCGAGGUAGUCUGGUUUUUAAUCGUGUAGGGCAUUUCUAUUUAAAGUUGUACCUCCAACUUUUGGGUUACAAUUUUCAUAUUUAUAUCCAUUUAGAUUUACAUAAUCAUUGCCGGGAAUAAAAUAAAAAUUCAAGUUUUUUUAGGUUGCUGAAUAAGUGUAUAUAUUCUGUAUUGAAUUGUGUUAUAAAGUAUAUUUGUAUUUUAUUUAAGGGUACAACUUUAAAAUUGAAAUAUUCUGGGACUGGGAUGCGAAAAUAUCUACAAAUAGUAAAUGAAUAGUAAAAUAGAUUUUCAAUCGUUUCAUAAGUACACUAUUAAUUACGUUGAGACUAUAUUUAAUUUUAAAUCUUUAAAAGUAUUAUUAAAUUGUUUUUUUGCAUUAAUAUAAAGAGAUACAAAAAGAUGUGUAACGCAUAGGUAUUAUAUGAUUGUCUCUUUCUUUUUGUAAGGUAAAUAAUAUCAAAGUAAUGUAUACAUUUGAAUAUAAUGAAAUAUUUGUGUAUAUGGUUUUGAAGACUUGUUUUUAACGAAAUUAUGUCUAACAUCGAUUUAAAAGCCCCAAAUUAUUUACAAUACGUGUUUUUUUAUAUAAAUUGUCUCAAUUUUUUAAACUUUGGCUCACAUUCUCUUCCAUUUUCCCUUAGCGAAUGUUUCUUAAUGUUUUAUUGUAUUUAUAGUAAAUAUGUAAAUUUUGUAUGAUAACUGUAAUUAUAAAUAAAAGGCUGCUAGUCAAGUAAGAUUAACUCCAUGCAGUGUCUGGGGCAAAUGCCAAAUGAGUCAAAUGACGCAAAAGGGUACCUAUACUUUAUUACGCGGUUAUGCCAUAAAAAAUCAACUAGUAAUCGACUAUUUCGAUAACCCACAAUAAGAUACCUUUUACUACAUUAAACCGUCACAAAUAUUGGUUUUUUUUAACUGUGUCAAAAUGGUAAUGGUGAUACUUUGACAGAACCAGCAGGAUUAGCACAUGAUAGACUACCCGUCCUUGUGUCAUUAAUACAAUUAGAAGAAGACGUGUGUGACUAUCUCGCGGCGACAUGCUCUCGCGGCAAUCAUGUGCUAACUCUGCUGAGACGAAAAAUCUAUGAAGGAAUCCUUUUAAUUAAGUUUUAAAAGUUUCACUAGAUGGCGUUUCACUAGUACUCAUUUGAUAUAUAAAUAAAUAAAUAAGUUUCACUACAUCUUAAAACUUGAACCCAGACACUGCAAUAUUUUAUAUUCCUAUAGAUCCAAACUGAAUGAUCUCUUAUGUAUAUUGUAUAACUUGAACUGUUGAAAUUAUGAAUUACGUUAAAUUUACUAGUUAUCAUACCGACAUAGAUGUAUAUUAUGAGAUUUUUUAAUACUUAAGACACAUUUAUUCUUCAAUGUUUUUGUUUUACUACUAAUAUUAAAUAUACAAUAGUUCUACUUGUGUUUAUUUUAAUAUCAAUGUGAAAAUAUGUAUAACUGAUAUUUAUCCUAUUUGUUUCCGAGGCUUGAAUUUUAUUAAAUUAUACGCACAAGUUAGUAAUUUUUAUAAUGCUUUUACUUAGUGCCAAAUUUUGUUAGAUUUUUAUACAUUUAAAUGUUUUGUUAGUGAAAUAUUUCUGAGUUGUAACAAAUAAAAUACUCAGUGUAGAGUCUAGCAUUUUAAUAUUAAAGUGACAAGUAAUGAACAUGGCACAUGAAUUAAACACAUUAUUUAUUUAUUUAUUUAAAAGAAUUUCGAACAUGGUUUUUGCAAAACAAUGAAGAGUGAAUUCUUGUUCAAGAGUUUUUUCAAAAAUAAGAUAUUAGGAUGUUACUAAGAGUUUUAAUUUUUUUACUACAAUCCAGUAUUUUAUUAUAUUUAUGAAGUCUUCCUGUGUAAGAAAAGGUUACAUAAUUUUAAUUUAGGAAACGAAUUAAAACAUGAUUUUUUUUAACUUCUAAAAAUUAACUUCUAUGACAAUAUACUUAGUUAAAAAAAAAUUUAUGAUUACUCUCUGUAGCUAUAAACCAGAGCACAACACACUUUCUCAAAUGCAUAAGUUUAUUGCUCAAAUACUAGAUUUUUUGUAUGUAGAUAUAACCAGGUGUAACACUAAAUAUUUGCCAUAACGUGCCAGAUACCGUAGCAUAAAUAUAAUACAUAUUUAAUAAGACGCAAUACGUACCGUAAAAUGUAAAGUAUCAAAACGUUUUAUGCCACCGCAUGCUCUUAUACGUUCAGUUUCACGAACAAAAUAUAAUUAUGAACACGACUCUUAAUUUUAUAAGCAUUAACGCAUGUUCAGAUAUUUCUGCUUGCGUAAGAACGUAGAUGUAUUUUUAUUUCGUCGAAUUUAUUUUUAUAUUUUUGGAAAUUUUGUUACUUUGUUUACUCAGAAUCUUGAGCUUUUUCAUACUAGUCUAGAGUUAGCUUUAUCACAUUAUCAGAUCCGAUAUCGGAUGUAGGACCGAUAUCCCAUAUAUGAAAGUCGCCAUCUUUGAUUUUUUGCCUUUUAAAUCCUUCCUUUGUUCUCUGAGAAAAUGUAAAUCAGGGACCGAUUUUUGAAUUUCGAACGCACGAAUUCGCCGUUCGAAAGUCUGUGGAAAACGACGUAAACGACGAUUUUUGAAAGUGCGGCUAGUAAUUUUAAAACUAGUGGUAA